CUCCCGCCCUCGCGCCGGGUCCCGCUCAGUCUGUCAGCCGCACACUCCCUAGAGCUCCUGCCAGGGCCGUCGCCUCGGCCGCGGCUCUCCAGCCCGGCGGCUCAGCCUUGGCCUCUCGGCGCCCUGUCUCAGAUCUCCUCCCGCUUCACCACUACCCUUCCUUUCCCGCCCUUCUGACCCACCCACCCCACUGAGAGAGAGCCUGGAUACGAAGCAGGCGGGCUUGAGAAGGGGGUUGGAAAAAUGGAGGUGCCGCGCCUGGAUCAUGCCCUCAACAGCCCCACCAGCCCCUGUGAGGAGGUGAUCAAAAACCUUAGCCUGGAGGCCAUUCAGCUGUGCGACCGGGACGGUAACAAAUCACAAGACAGUGGCAUAGCAGAGAUGGAAGAGCUUCCUGUACCACAUAACAUCAAAAUAAGCAAUAUCACAUGUGACUCAUUCAAGAUUUCAUGGGAAAUGGAUUCAAAAUCCAAAGACCGAAUUACACACUAUUUCAUUGACCUCAACAAGAAAGAGAACAAGAACUCUAAUAAAUUUAAACAUAAGGAUGUUCCAACAAAAUUGGUGGCAAAAGCUGUUCCCUUGCCAAUGACUGUCCGUGGACACUGGUUUCUGAGCCCAAGAACUGAAUAUACGGUAGCAGUGCAGACUGCCUCAAAACAAGUUGAUGGUGAUUAUGUUGUAUCUGAAUGGAGUGAAAUUAUAGAAUUCUGCACAGCAGACUAUUCAAAAGUUCAUCUAACACAACUGUUGGAGAAGGCUGAAGUGAUUGCAGGACGUAUGCUUAAAUUUUCUGUUUUUUAUCGUAACCAGCACAAAGAAUAUUUUGACUAUGUUCGGGAACACCAUGGGAAUGCUAUGCAGCCCUCUGUCAAGGAUAACAGUGGUAGCCAUGGCUCUCCUAUCAGUGGAAAAUUAGAAGGCAUCUUCUUCAGCUGCAGCACUGAAUUCAAUACUGGGAAGCCACCCCAGGAUUCACCUUAUGGAAGAUACAGGUUUGAGAUUGCAGCGGAAAAACUUUUUAACCCCAACACUAACCUAUACUUUGGGGACUUCUACUGUAUGUACACUGCUUAUCAUUAUGUGAUUCUUGUUAUUGCCCCUGUGGGAUCACCAGGAGAUGAAUUUUGUAAGCUGCGCCUUCCGCAACUCAAUUCCAAGGAUAAUAAAUUUUUGACCUGUACAGAAGAAGAUGGGGUGCUGGUUUACCACCACGCCCAGGAUGUCAUUUUAGAAGUCAUUUUUACUGACCCUGUGGAUCUUUCUCUGGGCACCGUGGCAGAGAUCACUGGUCAUCAGCUCAUGAGUUUGUCUACCGCAAAUGCAAAGAAAGAUCCCAGCUGCAAAACCUGUAAUAUCAGUGUUGGACGUUAAUGACCACUUUUCUUAUUCUUACUCAGCCCCUUUUCUUCCCUUAGGACCAUUCUCUGUUAUCCAUUUAUCAUCAGAUGUUUUCCACUGAAGCAUGCACAUGCCGCUAUCACCAAAAGUAAACUACCACUUUUCAAAUUUCAUUCAGAGCUGUUUUAGUGUUUCCUAUUCCCCACCUUUCCCACUACUUUCAAUGAUGUUUUCCUUCUGACACUUUGCCUAGAUGCUGCAAUGUUUUUAUUUUUACUUUAUGCCAAACAUAACAAAACAAUUAUAGACCGCUUUAGCAAAAUACAAAAUAAUGGCUUAUAAAUGGUGUUUAAAUGUGCAUUCAUUUUAAUCUACUGAACAAAUAUUGGGAUAACUCCAAACUGCAUGAAAGGGUGUAAUUGCAGCAUGAGUUAAAUCUUGAAGCCUAGAAUUGUCAGCACUUCCAACUUGUUGUUUGACAGUGUUAUUUAUGUUAUUUAUAUUAGCUAACAGGAAACAACUACUGUGUUUCAACAUAAUAAAUAUAAUAGAAAAAUAUUUUAUUUGUAUUGUUGUAUAAAAUAUUUACAAUCAUAUAGAAUAUAUAGUUACAUUUUAAUAGCAAUUGUAUACAUGUCACGAAACCAUUUCCCUUAUCAAAGAUGUAAUUUGUAAACCUCAAAUAGUUGUGUAUUUGUCCUGUUCCAAGUAGAUGACUUCAAUUAAACAAAUUUAUGAAGGACA